CUAAAUCCUUUCAAGAGACUAUGUCUCGAGCGACUAAGACUCUAGAUAAUAGUAAAAAAUCGGCCAAUAAGAGAGGAAAAAACCUUAUUAUUAGACGAUUUUUAAGUGAACUAUUAAGAGGGCAAGGCAAGGUAGCUCCUGGUGAUGAUUAUGAUUAUGACCCUGUGGAUGAUCUUACUGACAUUUAUGGCCAAUGUAAACAAAUGGGAACAUAUGAUCUUGAAAAGGAGAUAUAUCGCAUCUUGGAGGACUCAUCCAAAAUUCGAGGCUAUAAUGCUAGGUUGCGGAACGAAUAUAUAAAUCUCAAUGAUGAGAAUAGGCGGUUGAAGGUUGAAAACUCCAAGCUCGUCUCCCAGAAUGCUUGUACAGAAAUAUCUCUUGCUAAAGCCAAAGCCGAUAACUUUGCAAAAUCAGAGGAAGUAAAAUCGCUUCAAAUACUCUAA